UGGAAGAGAGCUCAGAAAGUAUCUUCUUGGAUCCAUGAAAAGUCAUAUCCAGAAGAACCUGAAACUGUCUGCCAACAGAGUAAAUGAAAUAAAGUUAAAGGAUAUCAGAAGGGUGGGCAGAGACAACCUGCUGCUCACCUUCUGGCUCCACUUGAGGCCGGAGGAGAGGAACCUGUCUCUGGUCCUGCAGUCGCAGCUGCAGGAGCUGCUCAGCCCAUCUGCAGAGGAGGAAAGGCCGUGGCUGGUUUCGCUCUUUGUCGAAGACGUGAACGAGUGCAGCCUCGGCUUCUGCGGUGAGGCAGCUGACUGCUUCAACGGCGUGGGCACCUACCUGUGCCGCUGCAAGGAGGGCUAUGAAGAUCGCUCCCCCACAAGAUCCGGCACCCUCUGCAUCCCCUUGCCCCGCUCGGGGAUCAGCAGCUUCUUCAGCCACUCCAAAAUGCUGGUAGGGGCCGCUGUCAUCUUGGGGCUGGUGCUGCUGGUGGCUGUUGGCAUCUUGUGUGGGGUGGCAAGGCGACGGCGCCCUGGCAGGGAUCCCUGUCCCGAGGAGCUGGGUGCCCAGUGUGAGGAGGAGCCAGAGGCAGCAGUGGUGAUGGAGCUGAGCCAUCUGAGCGACUGCCUGCGCCUCGAGCCUUUCCAGCUCAAGGUCCGUGCACGGCCGCCUGACUGGAUUUGCCGAACCCACGCUGGCCCCAGCCAAGCCUAUGGGGUCUUCAUCGAGCAGGAUGAGAGCCUGUGACCAGCUGGUGAGGGAGGACGGAGAGCUCAGAGCAAUGAAAUGAGAAAAUGUGAUGCCAACAGAAGAUGUGCUGGGGCAACUAACCUGUACUUCUGGGUGCCAGACCUUGGAGUCUCUCCAGGUUAUCUAUGCUAACUGGGGAUUGCUGGCUCCUGCCUUCCCACACUGACAUGUUUCUUUAUAAACCCUUCUGGUGUGUUUUACAGACCACAGAUAUUCCAGUCUUCCUUAGGGAUUUUUUUUUUUAAUACUUUAGCCUUCCAGGGCCAAGCACUUGCUCUCAGCUAGGUGUUCUCUCAGCUUACCCUGCCUCGGGUCUGCUCACAACUGUUGUCGUGCUAUAGUUAAAUGACUUUUUUUAAAUUAAAAUAAGAUGUUUCAAUAC